CAAUCAGCUCAUUCCAGUCGACGGGAUUCUGCAAUUCACUAUAGUCCUUCAGAGUUACAAGCCCUCAACGGUUAUUUAAAAACACUUGAACCAAUUGAAAUCCUUGACUGGGCGGUCGAUCAUCUACCAGCACUUCAUCUCAUUACUGUUUUUGAUCUCUCAAGUUGUGCAAUAGCGAGUUUAUUUUCCAAACUUUCAAAACGUCGAAACUCAUCUCGUCCACUUGUGAAAUUCCUCUUCAUUGAUACGCUUCAUCAAUUUCCUCAAACCACACAACUUGCACAACGUCUCACGGACCAUUAUUCUUUGGAUCUUCAAACUUUUUAUCCUCUUGGAGCUAACACGGUGGCUGAGUUCGAGAUGUUACUUGGUCCUAAAUUAUGGGAAACUGACUCUGCAAUUUACAAUUACAUUACCAAGGUUGAACCUACCAGAAGAGCUUUUGAAGAAGUUGGUUUUCAGGCCGUGGUGAAGGAGAAUAUCUGGACAACCGACCUACAAGGGAGAAACCAAUCCCGACUUCCAAUACUUGAAGUUGACGAUACCGGGGUCAUCAAAAUCAACCCAUUGAACAAAUGGACAUGGGAGGAAACCUGGUCAUAUGUGAAAGCUGAGAGCGUACCCUAUAAUUCUUUAUUGGACAUUGGAUAUCGUCAAAUUAAUGAUUUUCAUUCCACUAAGAUCCCA